CACUCACCCCGCAGCCAUGUUGCUGCCGCUGCUCGCCCUUCUCUUGCUGCCGUUCUGCCUCGCUGCGUCGGUCGAAGAGAAUCAUACUAGACUCGUCAAACUGGCCGCUGCCAACAAUGGCGUCGUAAACUUGGACGAGCACACAUACAGCAUCCUAACCAAUCCGAAGAGGACGUGGUCUGCAACGGUUCAGUUCACUGCUUUGGACAGGAAACGUAGAUGCACGCCAUGCAAGGAAUUCGACCCGUCGUUCAAUGCUGUCGCGAAAGCGUGGUCCAAGGUGCCGGCUGCGGAACGAGACCAACACUUCUUCGCAACCAUCGACUUUGACAAUGGGAUGACAGUGUUCCAGCAGCUUGGUCUUCAAUCUGCACCAGUAGUCCAGGUCUUCCCUGCUGCUGAAGGUCCUCGUCGUCCGCCGAGCGGGAGGACUACCGCAAUAUCAUACGACUUCUCUCAGGGAUUCGAUGCUGCUCCUCUCGCGGAACAGCUCUCGCAAUAUACCCCGAUACCCAUCCCUUAUAAGCCACCUUUCAACUACGCGCGUGCAGGAGGAUUCCUUCUCAGCACGCUCUUUGUAGUGGCAGCUAUUCGAUUUGCGUACCCAGUGUUGCAGAACCGUUGGACAUGGGCUGUCGGCACCAUUUUGACCAUGCUCGUCAUGACCUCUGGAUACAUGUUCGUUCGCAUCCGCAACAUGCCCUACAACGGCCAAAACGGUCAAUGGGUUGCGCCUGGAUACCAAAACCAGUUCGGCCAGGAGAUUCAAGUCGUUGCGAUGAUCUAUGGAACCCUGUCAGCUGGCUUCCUGAUGCUCACACUGAUCGUGCCCUAUCAGAUGUCUCCGUCGAGACAGCGAAUGCAGAUAUAUCUUUGGACGGGAGUGAUCUUUGUGAUGUAUUCCGUCCUAAUCUCCUUAUUCAAGGAGAAAAACAGAUCCUACCCAUUCAGGCUGCUACUGUAG